CUGUCUUUAGUCAGGGCUCUGAGAGACUCGGCGCGCAUGCCUGCUGGUGGACGUGGCAAUGACGUCACGCGCCGGAAGUUGUAAGCACGGAAAAGACAACCCAUCUGAAACUGUCGGCAAUCCGGCGUCUCAGAAAAGCGACAGAUUUUCUAACUAACAAUGAUGCGCGUUCAGGAGCGCAAACCACCAUCAGCAAGUUUCUAGUUCUUUUAAAUACAUCUCGUUAAAUUCUCUUCACCCACCGGAGAGGUGUUUACUUUGGACUUUACUUCGGAAAUUACCAGGGCCACCUCACUGUGGUUUGCAGCAUCAUGACUUGCAGAGAUCGCACUCUGGAGUUCCAAUCCGCCUGCAAGUCCCUGCAGGGGAGACAGUUACAGAAUGGUACGGUGGCAAAACCAAACCAUAAUGCUCUUAAACAGCGGAGUGACUUCACACUCAUGGCAAAGAGAAUUGGAAAAGACUUGAGUAACACGUUUUCUAAACUGGAAAAGCUCACGAUUUUGGCCAAAAGGAAGUCUCUGUUCGAUGACAAGGCUGUGGAGAUUGAAGAGUUGACCUACAUCAUAAAGCAGGACAUCAACAGUUUAAAUAAACAGAUAGCACAGCUGCAAGACCUGGUUCGCUCUCGAAGUGGUCAAAAUGGACGGCACAUUCAGACACAUUCCAACACGAUUGUUGUCUCUCUCCAGUCAAAGUUGGCAUCAAUGUCUAACGAUUUCAAGUCCGUGUUGGAAGUGAGAACCGAGAAUCUGAAGCAGCAGCGCAGCAGAAGAGAGCAAUUCUCACAGGCGCCAGUGUCCACCUCACCUAUGCUUGCCAACAACUUCAGUAACUCAGUAUUGAUGCAGGAUGAAUCUAGAAGCCUUGGCAGUGAUGUGGCCAUUGACAUGGACUCAAGAGCAAAUCCCCUUCAACUGCAACUUAUUGAUGAACAGGACUCUUACAUCCAGAGUCGAGCAGACACCAUGCAGAACAUCGAGAGCACCAUUGUGGAGCUGGGCUCCAUCUUCCAGCAGCUAGCACAUAUGGUCAAAGAACAGGAGGAGACCAUACAGAGGAUUGAUUCCAACGUGGAGGACACUCAGCUGAACGUGGACAUGGCUCACACUGAGAUCCUCAAAUACUUUCAGUCGGUCUCCUCCAACCGCUGGCUAAUGAUUAAGAUAUUCCUUGUACUGGUGGUCUUCUUCAUCAUAUUUGUGGUCUUCCUUGCCUGAGAGGAAAGCACCACAAGGAACGAUGGGAUUAGGACAUGGACGAUGUGCAGUAGCCAUGGACUAUUACUGGGCGAUGUGCAAAAAAAAAAAGAAGUAGACUGGACAACAAUAACUUUGCAAAGAGAGCGGACAUAUUGUACCACUUACAUGUUGUAUGCUUGUAUACUCUGAAUGAAAAAUGUUAGUUAAAUUAUAGAAACUUGUAUGGUUAGUCUUGCUCUCUGCAUAGAUUAUGACGAUGUGGGCAGUUUUAAAACAUCCUGCCCUAUUCAGGGAGUGGGGUCAGAUUUCAUUCUUGUCGUUUCUCUUUGUUACCUUGACACAUUUACAUUAUAAAAACUAAGCCUUCACUUACCAUACUUAUUUUAGGGAGAAGGCUUAUUUUGUGAAUGGUUUGAUUCUGCAAACUGGUUUAGUUUUUUUUUUCCCCUGACAGUGUUAUCAGCAAUCAGUGGUAACAUGAAUGAUGUAAAGGACUCGCUUUUACGAUAAAUUAAUAUGAUCACUUGUACAGGUUUCUUUAUGAUAAACUUUCGAUCUUACAUGUGUUUCAUCCUGUCUCCUGUUUGUUUAAAGGAGAAUUAGUCCUUUGAUAAAACUAUUAAUGGCCUUGUAAUGGCUUUUUACUGUAAAUUGUUGAAAGAGUUGCUUAUUUUCCUUAUUUUUAAUUUCCAAAGCAUAUAUAGCAAGCUAGGUAUUCCGUUCUCAUGAUUUUACGCUUUGUAUAGUGUAAAUGAAGUUUUUAGUGCUUUGUUGAUGAUUUGUGACUUAACCAUACAGCGAGCCAAAACAGAAGCAUGACUUUUAAAACCGUAAUGUGAAGUUCAAUCUACAUUUUCUCAGUCACUAAGAAGGCAGAGUUUGCAAAAUACCCAGGUUAAUAUUAUAAGGAACAAACUUUGCAUUAAAUUCUGAAAGUUUAAGGCACCAGUAUAUGUAAAGUAUCUUUAUCAUUCAGUUUCUCAUACACUGCUUUCAUUAGAAAAUUCUACAUGAACCAUGUACAGCAUAUUAAUUAAGCACUUUUUUAAAUCAUGUGUUUCCUCACUUUUUUAAGCUGAAUGAUGCCUCAAGUAAGAGCUGACCGUGAUUUCUUGAAAGGAACUGCAUAUUAAAAACAAAUCUACGAA